AAGUGCAGAAGUGCUGGUGAUGUUUUUAAUUUCAAAAUACAUCAAGCGGGCCAGAUUGAACCCCCUAACGGGCCAGUUUUGGCCCACGGUCUGUAUGUUUGACCCCCUACUCUAUACAGUACUGUCACCACAUGUCAUGAAACAUUUCAGCAACACUAUUGUUACCUGAAUAAACCGUUUUGUUUAUUUUCCUUCUUUUUGUCCACUGUGGUUUAAGCUACGUAAGUUUAUAGCGCCCCCUGGAUGCCCCGUCUGCAGCCCUGAGUUCACGGCUGCGGUGUGAGCUGGUAGAAAGCGAUGGAGAGAAUGAGAAGAAAAGUAAAACUGAAGGAGCCAGUGAGGACUCCUGAUGCGCCGAUGUCAGCUUUAGAACCUUUGCCUUCUCCACUGCCUCGUCUGCCUCCUCUGCGAGGUCUAACCUCAGGCUCGGGCUCCGUCUUUGGACCUUCUCCUGCACUCCCUGGAUUACCCAGCAUUCCGAGGGGCCUAGAGCCGCUCAACACUGCUGAGCCGGACAGAAGUGAAUCCACCACAGAGGAGGCUUCGUCCACUGAGGAGGAGGAGGAGAAGGUUAGGAGGAGUUUGUUGAGGGAAAAAGAGGAGAGGAUGCGUCACUUUCAAGAGGAGCUUAGAAAAAAGGAGGAAGAAGAGAAAAGAAAACUGAAAGAAGAGAGUGAGGCGAAGCUUAAAGAGCUGCAAAAUGCUGUGGAGAGGGAAACGUCAGCGGAACGAGAGAGGCUGAGUGUCCAGAAGAAGACGGACAUGGAACGUCUGGAGGAGGAGGAGGUGGUGGAGGAGACGAAGUCUCUGAAAGAGAAGCAGACAGAUCUUCAGCAUCGAGUAGACGAGUUGGAGCUGAAAAAUGAAGAUGAGCAGCUGAAGGAAAAGGAUGAGGAGCUGAUCCGAAGGAGGAGGAAGUUAAAGGAGGGAGAAGAUGAGAUGGACCGCAGGAUGGAGACCUUAGCUCAGCUGAGCCAGGAGAGAAACCUGCUGAAGGAGGAGCUGGAGAGGAUGAGAGAAGAGAAACUUGAGGCACGAGAAGUCAUUCAGAGACUGAGGGAAGAAAAGAUGGAGGCCAGAGAGGAAGAGGAGGAGCGGUGGAGAGAGGAGCAGGAGAGGAUAAAAGAGGAAAGACAUGAAGCCCAGGAACUACUCCGAACUAUGAAGGAGGAGAGAGACAGAGCCUUAGAUCAGUGUCAGAAAGCAAAGGAAGAAAAUGAGAAGCUGGGGGGCAGGGUGAUGCUGCUGCAGGAGAGAUGUGAAAACCUCGUCCUCAGAGUGAGGGAGCUGGAGAAAGGCGAAAAAUGUCUCGUUUCUGGAUCACAGCAUCGACAGGGCAAAGACUUCAAGGAGAAAAUUGCAGCUUUGGCGCCCUCCAGUGGGAAAAGUGAUGCGUCGCAUGAUGUAGAAUUUCUGGGCGCCCUGUCGCUGACCGAGUCUCAGGACCACGCAGUCAAGAUUGAAGAGAUGGUUAAAAACCUCUUGCAGGAGGCCAGGACUUUGUCAAAGUUGGAGCUGAGUAGUCGGAGAGAGAAAGAGCUCCUGCAGCCCAGCAGUGUGAAAAGUCCAGAGUUUUUGUGCAAGGAUCUCUCUGCUCUGCCAGGAGAAGUGAGGAUGACUGAGUCAGACCUCAGCUGCACUGUGGACCAUGUUGAGACCGGACGUUCUACCCCACAUCCAGCCAAAGUCCAGGAAUGUCUGCAGCAGAUCUCAGGCCAGCUCAACACUGUGUUAACUGCACUGGCCACCACAUCGCACACAGAGUUCCCUUUGCCCCAGUCUGUGGUCUGUGACCCACCCAGACCGUGGGACCCCAGCUCCUUAGCCCUUCCUCAUCGCACAGGUUUCCACCGGCCUCUAGGGGGCAGUGUGCCAAAGUACGACUCUGCAGCUCAGAUUCUCCUUACAUCCCCCAAACUUCAGAGGCAGAUAGACAGAAUGAAGGUGUGGCUUAAGAUGCGCAAGAAAGACGUCAACAUGUAUCCUUCUGGGUCACAUUGUAAUCUGAACAAAGAAAGCUCCAGAGCAGAGUUUUAGUGUUUUUCCGGCCAUACUUUGCUAAAAAUAAUAAAUAAUAAUAAAAAAAAUAGCUAAUUUAAUGUCAGUGGUUAAACACGGGUCUCUGAAGGUCGCUAAUUUGCCCCGACUUCACCUGUGGGACCUCAAACUUCCACUGCAGCAGUGACGUGCAGUCAGAAUAGACAGUGCCAUUAUGAUAAAAAAUAAAAAAGUACAUAAAAUAAAUAUUUAUAUUUUCCAGUGAUUUGUGUUAAAGAUGCGUUUUCAAUAUGACUCUACACUUUUUUUUUUUACAUUUUAUUAAGUAAAAAUCUGCCGAAUUUGAGUAUUUCGCAAUCAAAUACAGGUCAGAAAUCCCGGGAUCCAAUACAAACCGGGUCACAUGACGCAGUUUGUUUCUCAGCCAAUAAAGUGCAGAGAAAAGUCAGUGGUGAAGCAAACAGUACUCUGCCUCACCUCAAGGGGUCGUACGUGAACUGACAGGUGCUCUACAGCUGGCGUCAACAGGCAGUUGAAAGUCGGAGCUAAACUAGAGCCACUAGUAGGUGAAGAACAGCGGUUUCUCUGCUCUGUCUGAUCCGACUCACUCUGGAUUGUAUUUCAAGACGGAAACGUUUCUCAAAACUGGACUUCCGGUCUAAACAGAAGGUGAUAAAUGAUGGAAGACCAACGCCGGAGCUAAACGGUUAGCUGAGCCGGACAGACGAGUCGUUCUUUUUAAAUGGAGUGGUGACCUGAAACAUUUACAAAGAAUCAGCAGACAUAAAAGAUCAGCCAAGGACAUUCAAAGCCAGGUUUCUUUAAAAACUUUUGGAAAUCCAAGGAUCGAUUUGGCAUUGGAUGAGCAACGGAGACUUAACAUUAGCAUCCACAAUGCUAAGGAGAGGGGAAAAAACCGAGAGAUACAACCACGGACUUCAUCUCUGAGUAAAGGUAAGGCUAAAAAU